AUGAUGGGCCCUCCCAAGAGAUCCUCACAGCGCGCAUCGUCUUCCACUCUCGCAGUCUUGUGCGCGCUGCUGCUACUGGUGUUCCCAUGGCAGCACGCGGCAGCGCAGCUACCGCACGACAUCCCCACCAUUCCCAUCGGCUUCAUGCUUCCCGACCCUGACCACAGUUCCGCCAUCCCCUCGUCGCUCGCCAAAGAAUGGAUGAGCGCAGCACAGGUGGCGGUCGACGUCCUCGCUCCAGACUACAUUGACUUCACCAUCGAGCCCAUCAUUGUCGAGACGGACUGUAACGCGGACAGCGCGCGUGUGGCCGCCAAGUCGCUGGUGGAGCGCGGAGUGGUGGGCGUGGUGGGACCCGCGUGCAGCGAGGCGGUGGUGGGCGCGGACGAGGUGUUCCGCCGCCAAGGCAUCCCCUUCGUGUCCUUCGCCGCUACCGCCGACGUCUUCCGCCAAGGCGUGCAGUUCUACUCCUUCUUCCGCACCGUGUUCGGCGAUCGCCACCAAUCAGCGGCCAUUCGCAACGUGGUGCAGCACUUCGGGUGGAAGAAGCUGUACGUGUUCUACUCGGACGACACGUACGGCCGCGCGCUGGGCUACGACGUGUCCGUGGAGCAGGACGCGGGGGUCGCCACGCACCUCAUCCGCGUGCCGUACCCGCCGCCCGCCGACUGCUCGGCGCUGUUCGCCGCGCCGGACGGGAACGGCGGGGUGCUUCAGGGCGGGGAGGACACGGCGGUGGUGAUGGCGGUGCUGCCUGCUGUGGCGGAGUGCCUGUGGAAGGCCGCUGAUAAGCUGAACCUGCUGCAGUACCCCUGGUGGUACGUGGGCACGGACGGCGUGGUGGCGCUCGACUUCUCCGACGCCGCCUCCAGUUCCCCCGAGAGCGCGCUCGCCGCCAAGCUCCGCGGCGAGCUGGGCGUCGCGCCUUUCGUGGGCGACUUCGCGGAGGACAACACGUUUCAGCGGUUCCUGGACUACUGGAGCGCGCAGUCGUUUGACAAGUUCCCGGGGCUCAUCACCAUGCCCGUGACCCCGCGCCUGCGCUACCCGCGCGCGUACGUGCCGUACCUGAUCGACACGGUGUGGGCGUUCUACGAGGGCAUCAACCACAUCAUCGUCAACCAGCGCGAGAACGUGACGGCGGGGUCCCUGCGGCGGUGCUUCAACAACGAGCCGGCGGGGUGCGUGGCAUUCUACGGCGUGACGGGGCAGAUGGCGUUCAACGGCAGCACGGGCGAGCGCGCCAAGGACCGCGUGCGCCCCGCCUACUCGGUGCAGCAGCUCGCCAACGCCACGUGGCACGAGGUGGCGGACUGGUCGCUCGCGCGCGGGGGAGAUCGGUUGCAGUUUAGUGCGGAGAGCGUGCCGCAGCCGGGGCAGGCCCCCAGCGGGUUGAGUGGCGGCGUGAUUGCACUGAUAGUCCUGGCAGUGCUGGCAGUCCUGGGCGGCGUGGCAGCAUACGUGGGGCGAAUGAUGUGGGACAAGAGGCGGCACAUCCACCAUAUGGGCUCAUCUUUUAACGCACAGCCGCUCGCCAUGGCUGACGAGAUGCAGAUGGAGCGGGGUAAGGUGCGUCUCAUAUAG